AUGAUUUUUAAAAAAAUUGAUAUAUUUUCAGAAACAUUUCUAUUCAACAUAGAUAAAGAUUAAAGAAAGUAAAAGACCAUAUUAGGAGCAUUUUUUUCAAUUAUAACUAUUAUAACUUGCAUAUCUUACUUAGUUUUCUUAAUACAUGAGUAUAUAAAUAAUCAAAUUGAUCCUAAUUAUAACUCUUAAGUUUUGAUAUCACCCACACCUGUUAGCUUAACUUUAACUGAAGAUUUGUUUGCAUUUAAGUAUUAAUACUAGAGCAUGAGUAUUGAGGAGUAUUAAGUUUAAUAAAAUAAAACAUAUUUGGUUAUUAUGGUUUAUUUUUAAUCUGUGAAUGGAACCUAAAAUUAAGCUUUCCCACUUAAUUAUUAUUAAUGUUAAAAUGUUAAUCUUAUAGGAUACAACUGCAUUGACUUUACUAGUCUAUAAGAUAAAUUUACAUUAACUAUGGAUAAUAUUAAUAAUAUUUACACUUAAAUUUAUAUAGGAGUAUAUGGUUGUAAUGACAUAGAUUCAUUAAAAACUACUAUCCCUGAUAACUGUGCAAACUAAGAUGAUAUUGAAAAUUUGGUUAAUACUGGUAAUUCUUAUUUGGCGAUAAAAUAUUUUACUUAAUAGUACUAAAUAUAGCAAAAAAAUAAAUAAACUUACUACAAUUCAGUUUUAUUAUAUGCAUUAGGAAAUUAGGUAAUAUCUAAUCAAAUUUCAAUUUAGAAAUAAAUGACUAAUUUAAAAGAAGGAUUAAUAUUUCAAACUAGUUCUACUUUUUCUUCUCCUAUGUCAUUCUCCCAGUAAACUUUAACAAUUGAUAGAGAGUAUUCUAUAUAAAAGUUAUAAAUGAGUGGGUAUUUGCAAAUUGGAUUAUUAGCAGAUAUUGAAGUAAAAUAUAUUAGUAUCUAAUAUCCUUCAAUAACUUCAAUUUUAGCUGAAGUUAAUAGCUUGUAUUCAUUAUUUAUGAUUAUUGGUUUACUUUUUAGGAAAAGAGCAUAGAAAAUAUUAAAUAAGAAAUUAUUUUUAUUGUUUUUAUAGAACUAGUAUUAGGACACAUAUGAGAAAAUCCUGCAAUAUAACAAGUUAUUUUAAUAAAAUUAAGGAAUAUAUUUUUAAAAAGAAGCAAAUGAUGAGCCUGGUGAUGAAAAAGAAGAUUUUAAAAAUUCAUAAAACUACAAAAUCCCAAUAUUUUAGACAAACUUAAAUGGCUUUUAAUUUUUUAAAGGCUCUAAUUAAAUUAAAUUUGAAGAGCAUUUUAAAUUAGAAAAUAAAGAUUAAUUAUUUUAAGCUCAGCAAGAACAAAAUGAUUUUUAGUAACAAUAGAUAUCAACGGAAUCGAGUUAAAUAAAAAAAAAAUAACUAAAUCAAUCUAUUAUAACAAAAUCAAAACAAGAUUUUUUUAAAGAUUCCCCACUACAAAUGCCAAAGAUAAAACAAAAUUUAUAAUCAAUAAACUAAUUAAAUUAGCCUUAGCCUUCCUAAGAUUAAAAAUAUCAAGGCUAAUCUAUUACAAACUCGAAAUUAAACUAUAUAAAAGAAUCCCCACUUUAAAUUUAAAAGAGAAAAAAAAGUUAAUUUACCAUAGGAUACUUAAAUUAGCCUUAGUCUUAGGGUUUGUAAUAAAAUAAAUAACCAAAUUAAGAUACCCAAAUAUAAAAUAAUUAAUUAAGUUAAUAUUACUUUGAUAAGCUAAAAGCAUUGUAAAAUCUAAAAUUGUUAAGAAAAGUUAAAAAAUUACUAUUCAAAAAGGGAAAUAAAAAUAAGUAAGAUGAUCUUAAUUAUCAAACUAGAAAAAAUCUCGAAGACAAAUUUAAUUCUGAAAUUGAUAUCUUUAAUUUAUAUAAAGAUAUCAUAUUUUUAAAAAAAGCUAUUAUGAUUUUGUUAAGCAAAGAUUAACUUGCAGCUUUAUAAUUGGUUGGGUGCUAAAUAGAUUCUUAUUAUUAAUAGCAGCAAGAAGUAAAAUAAGAAUAAAGGAUUUAAAAUAGAAUUAGAAAGAAAAACUAUUACGAGAAGUAACUCUCUAUUUUAUAAUCUUAAGAAUUGUAAUGCAAACAUAUAAAAAGUUAUUUAGAAAAAUGCAAUAAUAGCAUAAAUUUAAGUGAAGUAGAUUAAAGAAUAAUUUCUUCAAUUAUUAGAAAUUAAAAUUAAAGCUGA